GGGACCGACAUUGCUCCGACAAGCGUUUCCCAAUCUGGGGUUGAUUUUUAUAUGUUUCCAAGUGUUUUAAUUCAAAUAAGGUUUCCGGCAAAUUUUGAAACUUUUCAUCUUCAAAUUGCUGCUUUUGGGAAAAAGUUUCAGCAUUUGGUUCUUGUCAAUUCUUAUCAAUGCUAUCUUAACUCUUCUUUGUGCAUUUCUGUUUGAGUUCUGUGGCUAAGCUGAUUUAGGAAGUUGGUGAUCAAAUUACAUCUAGUGUUUGUUUCCGCCAGCUGAAGUGAAUCAAAAUGUUUAGUUUUGGCCGAGCAAGAAGCCAAGGGAGGCAAAACAGAUCUAUGUCUCUUGGAGGACUGGAUUAUGCAGACCCCAAGAAGAAAAACAAUUACUUGGGAAAGAUUCUUUUGACAGCUUCUCUUACAGCCUUGUGCAUUUUCAUGCUCAAGCAAUCUCCAACAUUCAAUACUCCUAGCGUGUUUUCUCGACAUGAGCCAGGGGUUACACAUGUUUUGGUCACUGGUGGUGCUGGGUAUAUUGGUUCACAUGCAGCUCUAAGGCUUCUAAAGGAAUCAUAUCGAGUAACCAUUGUGGACAAUCUAUCACGGGGCAAUCUCGCUGCAGUCAGGAUUUUGCAAGAACUAUUUCCGGAACCUGGAAGGCUUCAAUUUAUUUAUGCUGAUCUUGGAGAUGCCAAAGCUGUCAACAAGAUAUUCACAGAGAAUGCCUUUGACGCUGUGAUGCAUUUCGCUGCUGUUGCAUAUGUUGGGGAAAGCACACAAUUCCCUCUUAAGUAUUAUCACAAUAUUACAUCGAACACUUUGGUAGUAUUAGAGACAAUGGCUGCUCAUGGAGUAAAGACUUUGAUAUAUUCAAGCACUUGUGCAACGUAUGGGGAGCCUGAUAUUAUGCCAAUUACAGAGGAAACUCCUCAGGUGCCAAUCAACCCAUAUGGUAAGGCCAAGAAGAUGGCAGAAGAUAUCAUUUUGGAUUUCUCGAAAAACUCAGAUAUGGCAGUUAUGAUCCUAAGAUAUUUCAAUGUGAUUGGGUCCGAUCCAGAGGGCAGAUUGGGUGAAGCCCCAAGACCUGAGCUGCGAGAGCAUGGACGCAUCUCCGGUGCUUGUUUUGAUGCAGCACGUGGCAUCAUGCCUGGCCUACAGUUUUGGUCAGGGUCUUGAGUAUUAUUCCUUGGACAAGUCAUCACAGAUUGGCACUAUUAGAUUCUUAAUCCUUUUCCUUCAAGUUCUGUCUUUUGUUUUUGUUCAUAACUUCGGGCUGGCACAUGCUGUAGAACAUGCUUGUAAAAAAGCUGAUAAGUAGUUAUAGUUUACAGCUGAGCAAAAUACAUAAUUGAGACAACUAAUUCUUGAGUUUCCUUUAUUAAAGCAGUGUUUAAAUUAGUCUACUUGUUACAUGCACAUGGCUAUAAGCUUUCAAGCUUCUCUAAUCAUUGAUCUUCAUUUAACUUUUCUUUUUCCCCAGAUCAAAGGAACAGACUACAAAACCGCUGAUGGAACUUGCGUACGGGAUUACAUUGAUGUCACUGAUUUGGUUGAUGCUCAUGUUAAAGCUCUUCAAAAGGCAAAACCACGCAAAGUUGGAAUCUACAAUGUUGGCACCGGGAAAGGUAGCUCGGUGAAAGAGUUUGUUGAGGCGUGCAAGAAAGCAACUGGUGUUGAGAUCAAGAUCGACUAUUUGCCUAGACGUGCAGGUGAUUACGCUGAGGUUUACAGUGAUCCAAGCAAGAUUAGGAAGGAACUUAACUGGACAGCUAAGCACACUAAUCUCAAAGAGAGUCUUGAGACUGCAUGGAGAUGGCAGAAGCUGCACCGUAAUGGCUAUGGCUUAACAACCUCAUCGGUCUCGGUUUACUGACUUUGUUCAUUCCUUUGGUGAUGGACGGAGAUUUUGAUUCCAGAUGGUAUUGAGGAGAGAAGCGUAGGAGAUGAUGAUGGUUUAUAUAUAAAUAUAACACAAGAUAUAUUAUCCAUAUUAUGAAAAAAUGAUAUCACAUGACGAGAUUUUUGAUUGAUAUUCAUUUUGUAAUGGCUUUAGGUUCUUUUAGGAAGCAGCCAUUCAUUAGUAUAUGUACCUCUCACAAUAUUUAUUGAUUAGUCUUAAUAAUAUAUAGCAUUCCUGGCU